AUGGCUUCCAAACCCACAAGAAGGCCAAUUACGACCUCCAUAUCCAUAGCUGAUGUAGCUUCAUGGUACUGUGCUAUUGCCCUCGUGUCCCUCAUCUUCUUGAGCUCUUUCAGGGACGAGUAUUUCCUCACACAUGAGCCUUUCAGAGGGAAUUAUAAGCAGCUGGUAAACCGAGCCUGCGACGAAAUCUACAUCGUCGGAGAAGGGGAAACUCUUCACACCAUAAGUGACAAGUGUGGUGACCCUUUUAUAGUUGAGCAGAACCCUCAUAUUCAUGACCCUGAUGAUGUUUUUCCUGGCCUUGUUAUCAAGAUCACCCCUUCAAAGUCCACCAAGUUUUAUGCACUAUCGUGA